AUGGAUUCAAAUCCACCAAACUCCAAAUCCACUGCACAAACAACAACAGAUCGCUUAUUUAUGAAUGAUAUUUUUGAGCAAUUAAGUAAAGAUGUUGUUACAAGUUCACAUCAAUUCUUAUCCGUGCAUAUUAUUUCUUCAAACAUAAAAGAAAACGAAAUAAAUGAACAAGAAGCUUCAUUCAUGUACUUUCAAUUGUUAGCAGAAAUCUUAAUUGGAAUGGACGAUAAAGAUGAUGCAAAAACAAAUAUGAUUAAUCAAUGUCGAUUACAAUAUAAUGGUAAUGAAAUAGCUUUAAAACAUAUCGAUGAAUUUGAUAAAGCACUUCGGACUCAAGACAUUGAUAUUCUAUUUAAAUAUCGUUUCUUCUUAGCUGAUCUUCAUAAUCAAAUAAAAGAAUUACAUUCACAGUUUAUUCAAUCAUUACCAACCAAAAAUAAGGACAAUGAACAAAGAAAAUUGAUAGUGUAUCGCGGCCAAGGCAUACAUGUAGAUGAGCUUGAAAAACUAAAGAAUAAUCUUGGAGGGCUCUUAUCGUUUAACAACUUUCUAUCAACAAGUACCGAUCCAAACGUCGCACUCAUGUUCGUUCCCAAGACAUUCGAUAUGCAAUCUGUUCUUUUCGAAAUAAAUGCUGACAAUCACCCACACACAAAACCUUUUUGUAACAUAAAGGAAAUAAGCAUGUACAACGACGAAGAAGAAGUCCUUUUCUCUAUAGGAAGUGUAUUUCCAAUCGAAUCAAUUAAUAACUUGACCAACAACGUCUGGAAGGUAAGCCUGACCAUGACUAGAGACGAAGAUGAACAGUUGAAGCAAUUAAGACAACAUUUUCGAAUAGAAUUCGGCGAAAUGCUUAACCUAGAUGCCCUAGGCAGACUCAUGAUAUACAUGGGACAAUACGACCACGCUCAACAGUAUUUCACAGCACUAAUUCAGACCAAUCAAAUCGCACAUCCAGAAAGCUACCAUAACAUCGGAUUAGUUUAUCUUGAGAAAGGUGAAUACAAUAAAGCAUUAGAAUAUUAUGAAAAGACACUUGAAAUUGACUUGAACUCAUUACCAUCAGAUCAUUCAUCUUUAGCAACUACAUAUAAUAAUAUUGGAUUGGUUUACGAUGAGAAAGGUGAAUACAAUAAAGCAUUAGAGUGUUAUGAAAAGACACUGGAUAUUAACUUGAAGUCAUUACCAUCCGAUCAUCCAUUAUUAGCAACUACAUAUAAUAAUAUUGGAUUAGUUUACGCUGAGAAAGGUGAAUACACCAAAGCAUUAGAGUAUUAUGAGAAGGCACUUGAAAUUAAACUAAAGUCAUUACCACCAAAACAUCUAUCUUUAGCAGCUACAUAUAAUGAUAUUGGAUUGGUUUACGAUGAGAAAGGCGAAUACAGUAAAGCAUUAGAGUAUUAUGAAAAGACACUUGAAAUUGACUUGAACUCAUUAUCAUCAGAUCAUUCAUCUUUAGCAACUACAUAUAAUAAUAUUGGAUUGGUUUACGAUGAGAAAGGCGAAUGCGAUAAAGCAUUAGAGUAUUAUGAGAAGGCACUCGAAAUUAACUUAACGUCAUUACCAUCCGAUCAUCCAUUAUUAGCAACUACAUAUAAUAAUAUUGGAUCUGUUCACGAUGAGAAAGGUGAAUACAAUAAAACAUUAGAGUAUUGUGAAAAGGCGCUUGAAAUCGAACUGAAGUCAUUACCACCAGAUCAUCCAUCUUUAGCAACUACAUAUAAUAAUAUUGGAUUAGUUUACGAUGCGAAAGGUGAAUACAAUAAAGCAUUAGAAUAUUAUGAAAAGGCUCUUGAAAUUGAACUAAAGUCAUUACCACCAAAGCAUUCAUCUUUAGCAACUACAUAUAAUAAUAUUGGAUUGGUUUACGAUCAGAAAGGCGAAUACACUAAAGCAUUAGAGUAUUAUAAAAAGGCACUCCACAUUAACUUAAAGUCAUUACCACCAAAACAUCCAUUAUUAGCAACUACAUAUAAUAAUAUUGGAUCAGCUGUAAAAGCAAAUGGUGAAUACAAUAAAGCCUUAGAGUAUUAUGAAAAGACACUUGAAAUUGAACUGAAGACAUCAGAUCAUCCAUCUUUAGCAACCACAUAUAAUAAUAUUGGAUUAGUUUACUAUGAGAAAGGUGAAUACGAUAAAGCAUUAGAGUAUUAUGAAAAGACACUUGAAAUUGAAUUGAACUCAUUAUCAUCAGAUCAUCCAUCUUUAGCAACUACAUAUAAUAAUAUUGGAUUGGUUUACGAUGAGAAAGGCGAAUGCGAUAAAACAUUAGAGUAUUGUGUAAAGGCGCUUGAAAUCGAACUGAAGUCAUUACCACCAGAUCAUCCAUCUUUAGCAACUACAUAUAAUAAUAUUGGAUUAGUUUACUAUGAGAAAGGUGAAUACGAUAAAGCAUUAGAGUAUUAUGAAAAGACACUUGAAAUUGAAUUGAACUCAUUAUCAUCAGAUCAUCCAUCUUUAGCAACCACAUAUAAUAAUAUUGGAUUAGUUUACGAUGAGAAAGGUGAAUACGAUAAAGCAUUAGAGCACUAUGAAAAGACACUGGAUAUUAGCUUGAAGUCAUUACCAUCAGAUCAUCCAUUGUUAGCAACUACGUAUAAUAAUACUGGAUUAGUUUACGAUGAGAAAGGUGAAUACAAUAAAGCAUUAGAAUAUUAUGAAAAGGCACUAGAAAGGAAUCAGUUAAUAAGUGGAGCAACCCAGUCUCGAAGGUAA